GCUCCGCAACGGAUGCCCCCGGAUUAAGGGUCCUCAUGCAUCCGGCAAUUGACCGUAGACCGCAGAGAUGGCGGCGGGGCAGGGCGGGUGGCUGCGGCCUGUGCUGGGGCUGCGCUUACUGCUGGUGACUACGCUUCAAGCGGUGUCUGCAUUCGGGGCCGAGCUUUCAUCUGAGGCAUGCAGAGAGCUCGGCUUCUCCAGCAACUUGCUCUGCAGCUCUUGUGAUCUCCUUGGACAGUUUAACCUGCUUCAGCUGGAGCCUGUUUGCAGAGGAUGCUGCCAGGAAGAAGCACAAUUUGAAACCAAAAAGCUAUAUGCAGGAGCUAUUCUUGAAGUCUGUGGAUGAAAAUUAGGGAGGUUCCCUCAAGUCCAAGCUUUCGUCAGAAGUGAUAAACCCAAACUGUUCAGAGGACUACAAAUCAAGUAUGUUCGAGGUUCAGACCCUGUACUAAAGCUUUUGGACGACAAUGGGAACAUUGCUGAAGAAUUAAGCAUCCUCAAGUGGAACACAGACAGUGUGGAAGAAUUUCUGAGUGAGAAGUUGGAACGCAUAUAAAUCUUGCUUAGUUUGUCCUAUCCUUUUAUUAUCAAGUGAAGUAUUAUAGCACCUAGAAAAUCAUUCAGCUUUGCAUGCGUACCAUGCUCAGACUUCCUGGAGUCAUUAGCCAUCUAGUUAGAAGUUAAGACAUCAUCACAGCCCACAAUACCUAAGGAGUUGGCAAGUUAACAAAACCCAUGAUUUCUGUCCUUCUGCACUUGUUGAUACCAAUGAAAUGCUUUGUAAGAGGCUUAUGAUUAAUUAUGCAAGUGGUAGUUUGUGACAAUUGGUCCAGUUUUAUGAACAACAGAAUUUUAAAUUAGGAAGGUUAAGAAGGGAGAUGAUCCCUCUGCCUCUGUGGCUGUGUGCUCUUUUCAAAGCAGUGACAGAAUACUACAAAGUGGAUAACAUAUACCAACUUCAACAGCUUGCCUGCUCUUCAGAACCCCUCAUGUUUUUUGUAUUUCCUAACUUUAUUUUUAGUAGAAAUAUUUGUAGUUUGUCAAUGUACUGCAUAAAAAUUUUGUAACUGUAUUAUUAUGGAACAGAUUCAAAAUCUGUUAAGAGUGUAGUAUUCACAAGGUUUGCAUUAAUGAGGACUACACAGAAAACCUUUGUUAAGGAUUUGUGUAAAUCUGAUGUUUGGCAAGCUUUUGUGUUUUUUAACAUUCUUACAGAAAAGUUCCAAUCAAUAAUGUUCAUUUAUAGGACCAAAAUAUAAAUAAAACUUUGGAAAAUUUGUCUGAAUUUGAAA